UGCAAGAAAUCAGACCCCAGUUUUUUCCAUUCCCUUUUAUCAUAUCCUUGUUCAUUCAUACAGCUCACGUUGUGAAACCAGUUUUAUUCUUUCUUCAUCUCACAUCACAUUCAAAUAAUCUCCAAAGCGACUAAAGCUAAAUCAAUCAUGGCUUUGAAUUUGGCCAUGGCUGCCAAUGUAAAGAUCGUAGCUUUUUUCGCUUUAUUGGCACAUUCAGCUAAGUGUCAUUCCUCAUCUUCUUCUCUGUCAGCUGCUGACAGAAUAUCUGAGCUUCCUGGGCAGCCCCGGGUUAGCUUCCACCAAUAUUCUGGCUACGUAUCUGUUGAUCAAAAUGAGGAGAGAGCUCUGUUUUACUAUUUUGUUGAAGCUGAGAUUGAUCCUGCGUCGAAGCCUCUUGUUCUAUGGUUGAAUGGAGGUCCUGGUUGUUCAUCUUUGGGAGUUGGGGCGUUUUCUGAAAAUGGGCCUUUUAGGCCAAGUGGAAAUGGACUGGUCAGGAAUGAGCAUAGCUGGAAUAGAGAAGCAAAUGUCUUGUAUUUGGAGUCACCCAUUGGAGUAGGUUUUUCUUAUGCUGCCAAUUCAUCUUCUUAUGAAGGUGUAAAUGACAAAAUCACAGCUCGUGACAACUUGGUAUUUCUGCAAAACUGGUUCCUUAAAUUCCCACAAUACAAGGACAGAAGCUUGUAUAUCACAGGAGAGAGCUAUGCUGGCCACUAUAUUCCCCAGCUAGCAGAGCUGAUGCUCCAAUUCAACAAAAAGAGAAAAGAAUUCAAUCUCAAAGGAAUUGCACUAGGGAAUCCAGUACUAGAAUAUGGAACAGACUUCAACUCAAGGGCUGAAUUCUUCUGGUCUCAUGGCCUAAUAUCCGAUACAACGUACAGAAUGUUCACUUCUGCCUGCAAUUAUUCGCGAUAUGUGAGCGAAUACUACAGAGGCUCUCUCUCCCCGAUCUGCACCAAGGUGAUGAGCCUUGUCACAACUGAAACCAGCAAAUUUGUUGACAAAUACGAUGUCACUCUCGAUGUCUGCAUCCCAUCCGUGCUCGCUCAGUCCAAAGCCCUUGCUCCUCAGCAAGUCACUGAGAGCAUAGAUGUGUGUGUGGAGGACGAGACUCUGAAUUACUUGAACAGGAAAGAUGUUCAGAAGGCCCUUCAUGCGCGCCUCGUUGGACUCAACCGGUGGCUCGUCUGCAGCAAUAUUUUGGAUUAUGAACCACUUGAUCUCGAGAUACCUACAAUCAACGUUGUGGGGAGAAUAAUUCAGGCUGGAAUCCCUAUUUUGGUGUACAGUGGAGAUCAAGAUUCAGUCAUACCUUUAACUGGAAGUCGAAGGCUCGUUCACAGACUGGCACGGCUGUUGAAGCUGCGUUCAACUACGCCUUACAGGGUGUGGUUUGCUGGGAUGCAGGUUGGAGGGUGGACUCAGGUCUACGACAACAACCUCUCGUUUGCAACAAUCCGAGGGGCGUCUCAUGAAGCUCCAUUUUCUCAGCCGAAGAGAUCCCUUGUGCUGUUCAAAGCGUUUCUGGAAGGCAGGCCUCUACCUCAAGAAUUUUAGAGAACAUCUCAGAUUCAAAUUGUAAGUAGUUAAACUGUUGAGUGAUGAUGUUAAAGAAUUUACAUUUGUUAAUUUGUUUGGUUUCUGGAAAUCAAGAUUUGUAAGAAUGAAGAAAUGGUGUGUGCCAAUUGGUGGCAGUUUUUGUCAGAAGAUGGAAGUGUAUUUUUAGUGCU